CGAAAGGAAGUCCUUCCCCUCAUUAUUCAAACAGAAGUUUAAGACCCAAAAUGUGUUUUCAACUUGGUUCACGCAUUCCUUGUACACUCGCGUGUGGUUUCAUCUCACAGUGCUGAAUUGAAAUGUGAAGAAGGCUUCACACUCGUAACAGAAAACGAAACCCAAGGAGCAUAUGUCAGACUUAUGUGAGAGAAUAAUAUAUCAAUAUCAUCUCCAAAGACGACGUCGUUGAGAUAGGGGUUUCAGCACAAGAUGUCUCUCCGAAUAAAGGCAGUGGUAGAUAAGUUUGUCCAGGAGUUGCAGGAAGCGUUGGAUGCUGAUAUUCAGGAUAGGAUCAUGAAGGAUAGAGAGAUGCAAAGUUACAUAGAAGAGCGUGAACGUGAGGUUGCGGAACGUGAGGCUGCUUGGAAGGCUGAUCUUUCUCGUCGUGAGGCUGAGAUUGCCCGACAAGAAGCAAGGCUGAAGAUGGAGAGAGACAAUCUGGAGAAAGAGAAAAGUGUUUUGAUGGGAACUGCGUCAAAUCAAGAUAACCAAGAUGGAGCUCUUGAAAUUACUGUAAGUGGUGAAAAAUACCGUUGCCUCAGAUUUGCCAAGGCGAAAAAAUAAGGCUUUGCUGCGGUGACAAAAAGGAAAUCUAUGAUCUUCAUUUCUGUACCUCCCCUGAAAGAGGACUAGUGCUGCCGAGGAGCCCACACGAAAAGCCAACCUGAAUUUAUGCACCUCUAGGAACAUUUAUUGAAAUCAAACUGUUCAGUGGUGGUUUACAAUUCCUGUUGUGAUAGUGUUUUAUGACUUGCUCAAUUAUUUUAUUGAUUUUUUCUUGUGAUGAUGUUGAUGCUUUGUUUUGCUGAAAAUACAAUUUUGGCUUUAUAAUUAAUUCUCAGAGGAUUGUACGCGA